AUGUCAGGGUUCAGCCUCGGCUCCAGGAAGGCCAGGAAUUCUUUCCCUGUCUUUGUGUCCCCGGGGCCGGCAGCGCCCUGGGAAGCCGCCUUCUUCGAGCGGGUGCUGCAGCGUGCUGACUGCCUGCAGCACUGCCUGGGCCGCCGUCUCGGUGGGCCGCCCUCCGCGCACCGUGUCAGCCACGCCAUCCAGCGGGAUUUCGAGCAGCGGGAGCCCUACAACUACCUCCAAGUGGCCUUUUUCCAGUUGAAGAAGCUGGAUCAAGCAGUAUCUGCAGCUCAUACAUUCUUUGUUGCGAAUCCCCAGCACCUCCAGAUGCGUGAGGACAUAGAGAAAUAUCGCCGUAUGUCAGGGGUGAAAGCAGACAGCUUCCGGGAUCUGGAGGCCACACCGCUCUGGGAGGCCUAUGAGGCUGGGGUGCAGCACUACAAUGCAGAUGAGUACCUGCAGGCUGUGGCCAGGCUGGAGGAGUCACUCAGAGAAGCACUGUCAGCACUGGAAGAGUGUCGUACCCUGUGUGAAGGACCUUGGGAGGAGGAGGAGGAGCAGGAAAACGACGGGGACCAGGAGGAGGAGAAGGAGGACAUGCAGCCUGGCCUGUAUGAAGCAAUUGCAGCUCAUUAUGUUCAGGUCUUGAAGUGCAGACAGCAAUGUGUGAUUGAAAUUGCCACAAAGCCAGGGCAGAUUUCAGCAACAGAAGAUUUCAUACCCUCCCACCUUGACUUACUGCAGUUCGCCUAUGAUCAAGGUAGAAACAAGACACUGGCUGCUGAAUGUGCUGCUUCCUACUUACUCUUCUAUCCCAUGGAUGAGCCAAUGUUGGAGAAAAUGAAUCAGUAUCACACAGAACUGGGCAAGGACACAGCUGUCAAGGCCAGAGAGAGUAUUCAGCAUUAUGUGCAGAGAUCACUGAUGGAAAAGAAGUUGAUUUACUAUGCAGUAGAGCAUCUAGGAGGAACUUUUAAUGACCCUGAUCUCUGGACUCCAGAUGAGCUGAUUCCUGAAAGUCUAAAGGAGCAACAAAGGAGAAGCAAAAGCAGGAGACUCUGGAUGUGGAAGAGAGGGAGAAGAGGGGUGAGUAACAGAGCUCAAAGACGGACUCGUGUGCAUUCAGCCAGGCUAAGUGCUGUCUCUUCUUCCAUCCUCAGGCAUUCGAAUGCUAACAUAAAUAGUUUUGAUGGAGGGGUUUACCUGCUUCUUCAGAGCCUCUCCCCAGGAAGCUGCGUGAUCCGGUUGGGCACUUCUGCGAAAUGGUCCUGUCUUCCCCCGGAACGUCCUUUGCCCUUUGAGGGUAUCACUGUCACCAUGGAUUCUGAACAGAUGAAUGGAACCCACAGGGUUGUGUUUGAUCAAGUCCUGACAGAGUCUGAGUGCAGGGACCUUCUCCGUCUGACAAAGGCAGCUGGAAGAACUGGAGAUGGCUUCAGAGGAAGACGGUCCCCUUACACCCCACAUGAGAGAUUUGAAGGGUUAACUGUUCCGAAGGCCAUGCUGCUGGCCCAGAAUGGUGAUGUGGACUGGAAAGAUGCCGAAUUGCUUCUGCAGGCCAGCGAGAAAUCCCGAAAAAUCAUAGAGUCCUAUUUUACCCCUGGGAAAAAGCUCCAUUUCUCAUUCACACACCUUGUAUGCCGCACAGCUGUGGAGGGGGAACAGGAAGGUCGCAUGGAUCUCAGUCACCCAGUCCAUGCUGACAACUGUCUCUUGGAUCCCGAAGGAAACGAAUGCUGGAGAGAGCCACCUGCUUAUGUGUACAGGGACUACAGUGGCAUUCUCUACCUCAAUGAUGACUUCCAAGGUGGGGGCCUUUUCUUCACUGAACUGGACACUGUAACUGUCACAGCCAAGGUGUAUCCCAAGUGUGGGAGACUGGUAGCCUUCAGCUCUGGCAAGGAGAACCCACAUGGCGUGUGGGCCGUGAGCAGUGGCAGGCGCUGCGCUGUGGCUCUGUGGUAUACACACUCCCAGGAGCAUGCAGAGCAGGAGAGGGUGAAGGCGGAGGAGCUGAUGGAGAAGAAGGCUGCGGAGCAGGAUAAGCUGGACAGACAACUACAUCAGGGAGAAGAUCAUGGCAGCAGUUCCUCACAAGAGUCCCCCAUGCCUAGUGACAGAGCCAAAACCACAAGACGGAGACAUAAGCCCAGCUCCCCUGGGACACAGCAUCCCAAGGAACUGCGACCCAGAGAUGAGUUCUGA